AUGGCACUUCCAACAUGGCUCACCUGGAAUCUCCAAAUGCCACGAAGCAAGAAGAUAUCGAUCUUGUGUCUCUUCGCAACGGGUGUCGUUUGUAUCCUCUUCGCCUGUCUCCGAGUCACUCAAGUUGCGAUCAACGCAUCAAAGCCCGAGGCUGCAGGCCAACCACUUGAUCCCACUUGGCUCGCUAUCUGGGGCAUGGUGGAGUGUUCCAUUGCUGUCAUGAUUGGCUGCUGCCCCGCAUUCGCCGUUCUUCUCAACGCUUUCCGCUUCAAUACCUCUUACGAUUCGCGCGGCUACCGAAGACAGACUGAUGGCUUCGUGGACAGAAGCAGGGGGAGUAGAUUGGAGCUCCGACCUAGUGGAAACAACAGGCCUUCAAAGCCAGUCUUUGAGCAGGAAUUGGCGGAGUUACACUGGGCUGGCGCACAUAGUAGCCAGGAGGAAUUGAGAGCGAAGCAUGAUGGCAUCAUGGUUUCGACCACGGUAACGUACGAGCAAGGCCUGAUAAACACGUUUAGGAAAUCAUAA